CUUUGGCCGCUUACGAGUGGUUCUGUGUUCAUCAUGUAACGCAAGAACCUCGCAAUAUUUCACCAUAGCUAAUAUCAAAUCAGAACAAUAGAGGGGAUUGUUGGACCACGGCUUAUCUUCACGAGAACGACAAACUUCAUGGAACCGACGAACUUGGAUUCGAAGCACACAUACAAUCGAAGGUCGAGAUCAAUUUUCCACGUGAUCGCGCCUUUCCUAAUGAUUCGCGCCUCCGGUCUGGACGCGCUCGCGCUCAUCUCAGACCUCGACGACGACCAGGAAGAUCACGAGUAUAUGCAAGGACCAUACAAAAAGGAUUAAUAGCAAUGGAUGCAAACUCAGACACAGAUGUACUUCUCGCAAUGCUCUCCAGCCUGUUAUGUACUCCGAUCUCAGAUCAGUCUGUUCUCCUCAACGCCUUGGUUGAGUGCAACGGCGAUGUGGAACAGGCUGCACAAAUCCUCAAUUCCGGACCAUCUCAGUCAAAUAGAAGAUCUACAAGCCCACCUAAACAGAAGAGGAAACAUGUGAUGGGCCUUGAAGGAUGGGUACAACGCUCACCGGGUAAGGAUGGCGCCUCGUACCGUUCAAAGUCGGUAAAGCGGGCCAGGCGCGAAUCACCAACUGAAACGGUGGUUGAAGACACGGACGACGCUCUUUCUUUUCAUGGAUCGACCUCAAGUAAGCCCAGAUCGAGUUCGAGUAAGCCAAGCUCCAGAGUGCAACUUCCUGUGGCCUCAGGGAGUUCGCCUUCCAAGGCGAAGCCUCUCUCAAAGCAGGAGUUCAUGUCUGUUCUCCGACCGCCGAAUUCUACUGAUGGGAAGGCGAAAGCCUCCCCACCCAAGCAUCCUCCUCUCACGCUUUCAACACCCGAGCUAGUUGCGAAGCAUACGCCUUGUACAAUCCAUUCCUCUAUUCUGCCAACCGAGCUCGCUUGUCGGUAAGCAACUGGCUAUUCUACACUAUGUUGGACCUCAGUCGAGACUGGGAUAGAAACCGGUGGUACCUGUUCGAUCGCUUGGUCGAGAGCCCUCAUAAAACGUGUUUCUUUGUGAGACAACAGACCCUUGACUCCCCCGAAUGGGCGGGGGAAAUGGAAGAAGCUACACGAUUCUGGUCAAACCAAGCCUUCCUGUGCAAAAUAAUCCUUGACCUGAUGGCUUUUCGUCUUCGCAGGUACAACGGCGCUGCCGAGAAGUCCACACCCGUGUUCCCACCUGCAAUGGAAGAAGCAUGCAAGUACGUGGAACGAAUUGUGAACGAAGAAAUGCAUAAACGAACACGUUUCCCGCUCGAAUGGGGUGGCGAGCCCCCUAAGAGUUCUGAUGAAGACUUCGCACCAACGGAUGGUAAGAAGAUCAUCUGGAGAGCCAAUGUCGCUGCGUCAAAUUGUUACGAGGGUGCGAAGGAAACUGUGGGAUUUCACACUGACGCUCUGACUCACCUUGGUCCGUAUCCCACAAUCGCAAGUCUGAGUUUGGGCACAAGUAGAAUCUUCAGAUUGCGAGAAGUCGUUCCAUCAGACGAGAACGAGACACGUAGCGCCAGAACGUUCAAUAUUCCAAUGCCCCAUAACUCAUUAACGAUCAUGCAUGCGUCGUGCCAGGAAACAUUCAAACAUUCGGUGCCACCCCAAAGAACAAUAGAUCUUUUCCAUCCACCUUUCCCGCCUCCACUUUCUUUGAAGAACAGUGGACAAUCUCGAGAUUGCAAUGACGAGGAGGGUAAACAGAAUCAACCUGGCUCUAAUGCUCGCAUAAACAUCACCUUCCGGUUUUUUCGUCCCGAUUUUCGCCCCUCAACUACGCCACAAUGCAAAUGUGGGGUGGCAUGCGUGUUAAGACCUGAUAUGAAGAAUAGAUAUACCUACGACGGAAGUUCUACUUCGAAAGGAUCUUCUGAACCUACUGGGAGUGGAAAGCCAGAUUCGACUCGUCGGAAUGUAGUAUCCAAAUAUUGGUGGACGUGCCAUGCGGGUGCGCAAAAUGAGGGUAAAGGAUGCGGGAUGUGGAAAGUCAUGGAUGCGAAAGCGGAAGGAAGAGGACCGUUCGCUGGAGACGUAUAAUCUUGUAGUUAGGACACGAUGCACCCUGGUCCUGCGAGGUUCGGACCAUUUCUACUCACAAUUGGUGUUGCAUGUCUUUUUUUAUGUGAGAUUGAUGAGGAUUUAGAUAAGAUCG